UUAUACAAAAAAAAAACGUAGUAAAAUCUAUGAGGUUGUUGUCGUUAUUGCUGGUUGUUGUUUGGCCUAUGCACGAAAUAUUAAGCUAAAAAUAGGCUUAAAAUUAAAACAACAACGUUCAUUAUGAAUUGGGCCAUAUCAAAUUUAACCGGAAGUAAUCGCGUUAGUCGCGCCAUUUUAGUUCGUUACUCUCAAGUUCCUUUGGCUGAGGCCGAAUCAACGCCACAAACUCCUUCUGCGUCUUCCACGGCAACAAAUCAAACGUCUUCUUCAUCGUCGUCUUCGUUUGCCGCUACAUUUUUGCAUGCUUCACGUCAUGUUCCUGGCCGUGCUGUGCCUCGCAAUGCUGCCAACCAUAACCAUAACUCAACAGCAGCAACGGCAGCUACUCAACUUUCCUUGCCGUUGGAUGUUGAGGAGACGGUAACCUGUUUUUGUAGGUAAAUCAAAAUUCAAAAACAACAAGAACAAACAAAA